ACGCUGACUUACAAUUGACUAACAGUAUAACUUGGAGAAAAGGGAAAUGGCUCUUCGGCACUUCCUCUGUGGACUCGGAGGUGUAAAAAUAAAACGGUAAUGACUGAGAUAUAACUCAGGAACUGGUAAAAUACAUGCACCGAUUUCUCCAGACAACAGAUUUGAAUGGAACGUUUGCUAAAUGGUGUACAGUUAUGGGGAAAACCGAAGAUCUUAAUAUAAGUUUACUGAUUGCCAUGUGACAAAACCUCAGCAGCUAUUAUACCACACACUACUGGAGAAAGACUGCUGGUUGGUUAUUAGAGCAAAACUUCCUUUUUUCCCACAGAGGCAACUCUACGUGAAUCACUCAACAUCACUUCUUUGUGUGUCAACGCUUAAAGGAACUAUAUAUGGAUUAUCGCUAACAUGGAGGCUAGCACACACAGGCUAAUGCUAGUAUGCUUGGUGAUAAUCGGGUUUCUGAUCGGAUUGGCAGUGUUUGUUCAGGAUACAGAAUUUCCGAGGAGACAUCCAUGCAACAUCCACAUGAAUGAAACUACAGAGACUGUUGAGUUUGACUGCCAUGGACAGAAAUUACGAGACCUGCCCGUUAUUUUUAAGACCACCACCAGCCUUGAUUUAUCUGACAAUGGAAUCAAGAACCUAUCAGCAAAUGCACUGAAAGACCUGCAGAAACUGAUCGAUCUAAAUCUAGACUGGAUGAACCACAAAUUUAAGGUGAACAUCACCGAGGGGGCUUUUGCAAACUUAAUAAACCUGGAAAAAUUGCGGCUUAUCGGAGUGCGUCUGCCAGCGGUACCUGCACAGCUUCCGAACUCCCUGAAAGAACUGAGAUUGGACAUGAACAACAUUUUCUCACUAAGUCCCGGAAACUUUUUACAACUAAAAAACCUGACCCAUCUUUAUCUAUCCAAAAAUUGCUUUUACGGGAAUCCCUGUUUGAAGAGUUUCGAAAUUGAUAACGGAACUUUUUCAAGUUUGGACAAGUUACUACAUCUGAGUUUGUCAUUUAAUAAUCUCACCCACGUUCCCAGAUAUUUGCCUGUCUCCUUAGUAACACUUGAACUCGCUUCCAACAAUAUAUCGUUCAUCGGAGAAGAUGAUUUCAAAGAGCUCCCAAAUCUCGAAACCCUUAAAAUUCAGGGAAACUGUCCACGCUGUUACAACGCGCCGUAUCCAUGCACACCGUGUGCCAAUGGUUCUAUCGAUAUUCAUGAACGAGCUUUCGACAACCUUCAAACUCUUAAAUUGCUGCAUCUUGCUGGGAAUUCGAUUUCUAUCAUCAAGAAAGCUUGGUUCAGGAACAUACUGAAGCUCCAGGAACUCUACCUUUCCUACAAUUUUCUGACAGAACAGAUCCAGGAUGGAGUAUUCUUGAGUAACUUAAGGCACCUGGAAAAACUUGAUCUAUCAUUUAAUUAUGGAUUACAAGCUUAUCCAGAAACUGUGCAUCUAGCACCAGCCUUUGCCAACUUGGUCAGUCUUCACACGCUGCAUAUCCAAGGUUUGGUUUUCAGAAAGAUCCAAAACCACUCAUUGGAAUCUCUUUAUGGUUUGCAAAAUCUGUCCACGUUAGAUAUAGGAAUCAAUUUCAUCGUGAACGUGGAUCCAGACAUAUUUAACAAAUUUAAUCAUUUAAAACUGCUGUAUCUGUCAGAAAACCGUCUCUAUCCUAUCACUAACUCUGAGGUUAGUGAGCCAGAUAAUAACAUAAAGCCUCCACGCUUCAACCUACCUGGGCUGACAGAUUCUCUUUUUCAAAGGAAUAUAGAACCUUAUCAGCCUAUUAAAGGGCUGAUCAAACCUGAGUGCUUCGCUGCUGGUCGUGUGCUGGAUCUGAGCAGAAAUAAUCUUUUUUUUAUUUCCCCGAGGGAAUUUGAGGGAUAUAUAAACAUUUCCUGCCUCAACCUGUCCAGAAAUGGCUUUGCAUCGGCGUUAAAUGGAACAGAAUUCACAACACUUCCUAACCUAAAAUAUUUAGAUUUGUCUUAUAACAAGAUCGAUUUGGCGUACGAUUACGCUUUUGAAGAAUUAAAGGAGUUGGAGGUGCUUGACCUCAGCUUUAACGAACAUUAUUUCAUUGUGCCCGGGGUGACCCAUAAUUUGAACUUCCUAAAAAAUUUGCCUAAGCUGAGAGUAUUAAACAUGAGUUCCAACAGCAUUUUUACACUAACGACGAAGCACAUGUGCAGCGACUCGCUGGUCGAGCUUCAGUUCAAGGAUAAUCAACUGGGGAAGCUUUGGAAAAGUAAGAAAGGUACAUACAAUAGUUACACGCAACUUUUUUGGAACUUGACAAAUCUGACCAAUCUCGAUAUAUCACGCAAUAACAUCGUGAAGUUACCUACAGAUGUUUAUAAAUACCUGCCUGUCACACUAAAAAGAUUCAGACUGAACAGCAAUGCCCUGACGAGUCUCGACUGGACUUUGAUGAAGACCUUUACACAGCUUAAGGAGCUCAUUCUUGGCUACAACCACCUGACGUAUGUCUCUGCAAACAUAACCCAGAAUAUCCCGUCCUUGCGUUACCUCGACCUGAGCCAUAACAGAAUCUCUCGUCUGGAGAGCAGCUUUCUCGAAGGCGCGGUCAACCUUAAAAUGCUGGAUCUGAGUUAUAAUAAAUUAAGCAUCAUUAAUGGCACCACCUUCCCAAACAAGGAAGAAAAUCACUUGAACACUUUGUGGCUCCAUAAGAACCCGUAUCGUUGCACGUGCGACAUAAGACCAUUUAUCAAUUGGAUUUUGAGAAGCAACUUGCCGAAAAUCCCCAAACUGUACACUUCUCUGCAAUGCAGCAUGCCUGAAGCAACCAAGGGCAACAGGCUGAUGUCCUUUGAAAUCAGUCAAUGCGAUGAUGAAGACGUCGCCUUCGCGCUCUACUUAUUCUUCACGACGCUCAUUGUUGUGGUCACCUUUGUGGCAACCUUGAUGCACAUGUUCUACUGGGACUUUUCAUACGUGUUCUACUACAUGAAAGCCAAAUUCAAAGGGUACCAGCACUUGAGCUCUGGAAUUAAUGCCUACGAUGCCUUUGUUACUUACGACACCAAAGACCCGCAGGUUUCCGAGUGGGUCCUGAACCAUCUCCGGGUUCAGCUGGAGGAACAAGGUGAUCACUUCCUUCCGGUCUGUUUGGAAGAACGUGACUGGCUGCCCGGCUGCCCCAUCCUAGACAGCCUGACCAACAGCAUUCGGCAGAGUCGCAAGACAGUCUUCGUCCUCACUCAUUCCUACGUGAAGAGCGGCUCAUUCAAGAUGGCCAUGUACCUGGCACACCAGCGUCUGCUGGAUGAAAGCGAGGACGUGAUCGUGCUGCUGCUACUUGAUCCUGUGCUGCAGAACUCGCAUUUCCUGCGCCUGCGGAGGCGACUCUGCAGCCACAGCGUGCUCGAGUGGCCCCGGACGCCCGCCGCAGAACCCUGGUUCUGGCAAUGUCUGAGAAAUGUAAUUCGGCUUGAGAACAAUGUCAUGUACAGCAACAUCUACUCCAGAUACUUCACUAUCAAAAACAGACCCAGAGAGAGAGACUGAACUGCACGAUAUAUAUAUAUAUAUAUAUAUAUAUAUAUAUAUAUAUAUAUAUAUAUAUAUAUAUAUAUAUAUAUAUAUAUAUAUAUUUCAUAUUAUAAAUAUUUCAUAUUAUAAAAUAUAUUUCAACAAACAUCAUAUUCAUAUCAUCAUUAGCAUGAUUCUGACGACUGCAUAAGGGUGAACAUUCACGUGUGAAAAUACUGCAGUGCGAACGACUCAUGGGCAACAUUUCUAUUUCUUUUUUAAUUAAGUCACAGAUAUCAGAACUAAUUUCUGUAGUUACAUAGCUCUCAUUUAUUUCUAUUAGUUUUAUAGCAAGUUGGUUGCUAGGGUGUUGCCAGGUGGUAGCUAGGUUAUUGCUUUGUGGUUCCUACACUGUUUCUAGUCGGUUGCUACCGUAUGAUAUUAAAGGGGGUUGCUAUGCUAUCUCAGCUGGUUGCUAUGGUGUUUUUAGAUGGUUGCUAUGCUAUCCCAGCUGGUUGCUAUGGUGUUGCUGGGUGGUUGCUAUGCUGUCCUAAGUGGUCAAUAGAUUGUUGCUAGGAGGCUCCCAUGAUACUCCAGGUGGUUGAAGAAACACGUCUUGGCUACACAGACUACACGUGAGAUUAGGAGAGCACUGUUUAUAUUUUAGUUUUGUCUGAACUGCUGUAUUAAAAGCCUUCUCUCUCAGUAGCAUCUUAUUUAUCUACGCUACACUGUCAAAAGUCCAGGUACAGUAGAAUUUUGUUUUCAGUUUUGAACAAAAGGUGUAAAUGCAGUAUUGAAGGUAAACAGUGGUUGUGCUGUUGAACUGAUUGAGGUGUAAAGAUGCCUUACAUGGUCUGGGUUCUGCUAAAGGGUGUGAGAGAAAUUUUUUUACAGAUGUGCAAUGAAUGAUACUGAUACAUGACACAACUUUAACACAGAUAUUACACACGUUAACACAGAGAAUAAGAUUCAUGAAAAGGUGUUUUAGAAAGAAAUUCUGAAAAGAAAGAAGUGAUGGCCCAGUGCUUCCUGUUUCGCUGUGAGAAAUAUUGUAGAUGGUGUGUUUUGUUUUUUAAUGAAAAAAAGGAAAUUGUUCCUUUGUUGCUUUUGUACUUAAUAAAACUUCAAAAUUCAUUUACAUUA